AUGACGAAUCAAGAAAGAAAUACGAAGGCCGCCGAUGAUGCAAUGUCUUCGUCUUCAUCUUCAUCUUCAUCAUCUUCUUCUUCGUCGGACUACAAUCUCUAUCUCCUAAUCGAAAUCAUCUUCGACAUUCUAAAUCGUCUCCUAGUCAAAUUUCUCCUUCGAUUCAGGUGCGCAUGUAAAACCUUCUGCCACGUCACCUCUAACCCUACCUUCAUCUCCUUCCACCUCCUCCACCACCACACCAACACCACCGUCGCCACCAUUUUCACCUUCAAACACCGCUCCUCCUUCAUCCUCUCUAUGUUACAAUCAUCCUCAUCGUCUCAAAACCCUACCAUUCUGGUCCACCCUUUUCCCAACCACACUCACGAUCUACACCUAAUUGGCUCCAUCAAUGGCCUCCUCUGUCUCUCUCGAACCCUCCAUUUCCAUCAACGCAUCCUCCUCCUCCUCUAG